AUGCGCUUGAAUACGCGCAUCUGGUUCCACAGGCUACGAGAAAUCCACAACUACGCAUGGAACGUGGAACUUUCAACGUCCACACACGUUAAAACCUUUGUCUCCAUGUCUCUUGCACACCCUUACAUUUCGCUUAUUUCAGUCGGCGCAAAAUUCCAUAGCCUUCUCGAUAAAGACAACUGGCUCUUGCUUCCCGAUGAUGACACUCUUGCUCUUUUCCGGUGUGGAGCUGUUUUCCCAAAAUAUGAGCCGGGGGAAAUAUUUAGGUACAGGUUUGUGCCUCUGCGACAGAUGGAUUCUGUCCCGAUUCAUCUACAAAUAAAUCAAGAUCCUCCAAUGUCACCUGCUUUCUUCCGCACCAUCGUGCACCCGUUUGAUGACUUACCCAUAAUUGGGUCUCAUUUACGCCCCCACUUCGUUAUUUACAAUGCUGCCCUGAAGCUCGCUGAUGAUGAAAAAUAUCAAAGUCAACAUCCUACCCUGGCUGAAUCUUUACAAGAGAUUUUGUCAAUUUAUCUGCGGUGGACUGUUACACCCACCAGGAAGUUUCUGAACUCCCCAAUCACCCCUUCCGCUCCAUCAGAGAACGAAGAACCUGACGCCUGUUCUUCAGUUACCGGGCAUUCUGCACAAACUACCCAGACUGCUCCCGGACGCGUCACCAGAUCCAGCAAGCUUUCACGCAUUGGGGACAUUCAGGAUGAGAGGGUCUUCAACGAGGAAACUCCUAUGAAGAAAUCCGGAAGCGUGAAGUCUGGUGGCAUGUUGGGUGCACCGCGACUGGCGUAUAAGAUAUAA